UUUGUUUACAUUAUUACCGUUAAUGUCUGAUUUUCAUUCACCACACGGAAGGUAAAGGAAAAUGAACAAUUUCAGAGAAAAGGCGGAAGAAGUGGCGAAAAAGCUUCAGGAUUAUCACAAAACAGUGGAUGGUUGGACUGUCACAAAAAAAACGAAAGAUGGUGAAACUAUCUCAUACAGAGUUUCAAAUGAAUUUGAUGGAUACCUGUACAAAGGUGAAUGUAUUAUAGACGCUCCACCAGCGACUGUGUUCCACUACGUAGAUCCAGUACCCGAAGGUCCACGUGGAAAUUGGGAUUCAGAUAUGAAAAAGAUUGAGAUCUUAGAAUGGUUGGAUAAGCCAGAUCUCCGUGUGAACAGGGCUUGCACAGCUAGUGCUUGUAUGGGUUUGAUAUCACCGAGAGAUUUUGUUGAUGUUAUACUGACAAAAGAAACCGACUCUUAUAUCUCAACAAAUGGUGUCAGUGUUAGUUAUGAGAAAUGUCCCGAGGAGAAAAAAUAUGUACGAGGAUGGAACUAUCCAUGUGGACUUAUAUGUGAAAAAUUACCAGGAGAGCCAAACAAGACAAAGCUAGUCAGUUUAAUCCAGCCAGACAUAGGUGGCAUGCUACCCAGAAGUCUCGUUGAUCAGGCGAUACCAGGCUCCAUGUCAGCAUUUUUCACGGAAUUGAAAAAUACUCUAAAAAAAAAUGAAGCUUCGAAAAGUUGAGAAAUCCAGCACACUGUAGGAGCUUAGAAGACAAAAAAAAUCUGUAUUAAUAUAUAAGUAUUGUGUUCUUGCAGUACAACGUGUUCUUCUGUUGUCUGUAUUUUUUGACAGUAGUGCUGAAUUACACUGUGCCUGAAACUAAUGUUAAAUUAACUCUAUUUCUUAGACAGUUGAAGUCAUGAAUGAAAUUUUACAUAAAUACAAAAAUGUAACUGAAAGUACCCGAGUAGUUUACUGCAUGAAUAAUAAGUAAGAUAUGCAGGUUACUUAUGCCACUGGUGAAGUUUUGAGAGGGUCAAUACAAAUUUUAAGUUUACCUUUCAAAAUAUUACUCAAAAAUUGUCUGAACUUUACUGGUUUGAUGAUAUUUGGCUUGACAAAUUUUGAAGAAAAAAAGUAAAAUCAUUCAGAUGCAAGGGGAGGGUCUAGAUGUAUACACAUUUUUAGCUCAUCUGAUUUUUUGAAAAAAAAUGAUGAGUUAUUGUCAUCACUUGAGCGGUUGUCGGCGUCGGCGUCUGCGUCGGCGUUGCCUGGUUAAGUUUUAUGUUUAGGUCAGCUUUUCUCCUAAACUAUCAAAGCUAUUGCUUUGAAACUUGGAAUACUUGUUCACCAUCAUAAGCUGACCCUGUAUAGCAAGAAACAUAACUCAAUCUUGCUUUUUGCAAGAUUUAUGGCCCCUUUUGUACUUAGAAAAUAUCAGAUUUCUUGGUUAAGUUUUAUGUUUAGGUUAACUUUUCUCCUAAACUAUCAAAGCUAUUGCUUUGAAACUUGGAAUACUUGUUCACCAUCAUAAGCUGACCCUGUACAUCAAGAAACAUAACUCCAUCUUGCUUUUUGCAAGAUUUAUUGCCCCUUUUGGACUUAGAAAAUCAGUUUUCUUGGUUAAGUUUUAUGUUUAGGUCAGCUUUUAUCCUAAACUAUCAAAGCUAUUGCUUUAAAACUUGCACCACUUGUUCACUAUCAUAAGUUGACCCUGUACAGCAAGAAACAUAACUCCAUCCUGCUUUUUGCAAGAUUUAUGGCCCCUUUUGGACUUAGAAAAUAUCAGAUUUCUUGGUUAAGUUUUAUGUUUAGGUCAACUUUUUCUCUUAAACUAUCAAAGCUAUUGCUUUGAAACUUGCAACACUUGUUCACCAUCAUAAGCUGACCCUGUACAGCAAGCAACAUAACUCCAUCCUGCUUUUUGCAAUAAUUAUUGCCCCAUUUGGACUUAGAAAAUCAUUUUCUUGGUUGGGUAUUAUGUUUAAGUCAACUUUUCUCAUAAACUAUGAAAGCUAUUGCUUUAAAACUUGCAACAGUUUUUCACCAUCAUAAGUGGACACUAAACAUCAAGAAACAUAACUCUAUCCUGCUUUUUGCAAGAAUGAUGGCCCUUUUUAGACUUAGAAAAUCAUGGGUAGGACAAAAUUUCUAUUACACAAAAAAAAUCAGAUGAGCGUCAGCACCCGCAAGGCGGUGCUCUUGUUUAUUAAAUAAGAUUACGACAAAUUAAAGAUUAUACCAAAUUUUCAGACAAAGAAAUGACUGUAAACACAUGUGUUCCUUCUCGAAGUUUUGCAAUAUCUGAAAAAUGUGUUAUAGUCUUAUGUUUGUAUAAGUUGUUAAAUUGUUAUAGUAAGUCACAGUUCCUUUUUCCUGAUAAUGUAUUUAGAGUUGUUCAUUUAUGAAAAUAGUAACAAUGGUUUCUGUUAUAAUUUUUAUGUAGAAACAAAAGGCUUGUUUGGAGUCUUGAGCAAGGUCUUGAGAAAAAUCUGCUGAUAUUUAGGUUAUUGUGCUAUUAUUCUUGACACAUCUUAAUUCAUUUUUGUGUCCCCCCAUGAGUUUUGGGGGCAUAUAGAUUUGCUUUUGUCCGUCCGUCCGUCCUUACGAGAAUGUUGUGUCGCACCUAACUCCAAAAGUAUUUGACGUAGAAUUACAAAACUUUAUAGGAAUGUUGGUCAGCAUGUGUAGUUGUACAUCUGCUGCUAAAUCUGGUAACGUUUGUAAUGCCCUGUUAACAUGGUACAUCUGCUGCUAAAUCUGACAAGAUUUGUAAUAAACAGAAAAUACUAAAAAAGUCCAAUUUUCAAGGACAGAUAAUUCAAGGGAACUGUGCAUUUUAAUUUAUAUUUCUGUUUUAGUCAUCAUUUGCAUUCAGUAAACAAAGUUUAAAGAAAUUCGGUCCAUGGGAAAGACCAGGACUUUGCGAUAUCAUUUUGUCAUGUUCAUAGUCAAGGGCAUUUGCCACAGUGUCUAUAUUAACAUCGGGCAAAAUUUUCUUACAGACAGAAUGUCUUCUUUAAACUGUGUCUACUGACAGAGAAUCAAAUCAAAAACGGAAAUAUAAAAUAAAGCAAAUCAUAGGUACCCAGCCUUGGUCAUGAAUUGUCUGCCCUUGAAAGUCUGAAAAUACUGAAAAAAUAUUUUUUCAAGGGCAGAUAAUUCAAGAUCAGGCACCGGUACCUAUGAUUUUUAAUACAUAUUUCCGUUUUAAACUUGAUUCUCAAGCUUAAAGAAAUUCUGUCUGUAGGAAAGUUUUUGCCUACUUACAUCUAGAAAACUGUCAGAUGUGUCUUUAAAGCAACAAAUUAUGUAACCUAUGUGAUCCACAAGAGAUAUUGAAAUGAUUAUGAUUGAUUGUUUGGUUCAGACUGGGCAGAAAAGUCAGACAAAAUGUCAACUAUAUCAUUAAUUUGAGCAGCGCCAUGAGAAAACCAACAUAGUAUGUUUGCGACCAGCAUGGAUCCAGACCAGCCUGCGCAUCUGUGCAGUCUGGUCAGGAUCUAUGCUGUUCGCUUUCAAAGCCUACAGCAAUUAGAGAAAUCGUUAGCGAACAGCAUGGAUCCUGACCAGAAUGCGCGGAUGCGCAGGCUGGUCUGGAUCCAUGCUGGUCGCAAACACAAUAUGUUGGUUUUCUCAUGGCAUGGCUUAUUUUUAUAUCACCUGCAUAUUAUUGUCUGAACCUGGCUGAAUACAGUAGAUUGGCUGUUUUAUUUUUGCUAAUUUUCAUGCACAAAGUGACAUGUGAAACUUGUGUAAAUAUUUCACCGCUAAAUACUGUCAAACUUUGUUCGUUGAACUGGGAUAAUUUGAGUACCAUCCUUUGCUAGAAGUCAUCGUCAUGUCCUGGCAAAAUUCCUGUGUAAUGUAUAUUGUUUGAUGGCUCGAACUGCUGAUAACUCAAACAAGUUUUGCCAGUCCCUUCGAGUGUGAAUGAACAAAGAUUGACUGUAGUAUUAUAAACUACGAUGCGUAUAAGUUCUUAACAACACAGAUAUUGUUGUUGUUUAUCAUAUCAUGAAACAAAAGGCAAGAAAACAUUUCACAGUUUACAGUUCAUUUAACCUUUAGCCUGCUGGCAGCAAGUGAUUCUGCCUUUGCGACCAAGAUCAGCCUGCACUGUUUGCUAUUCAGUAAGUAAAUUUUCAGUGGACACCCUUCGAAUAAUAAAUGGUAUUGCCCAAAUUGAAUGAUGGACCAGUCCAUUUUAGAAAUUUAGCAGGGUGAGGGUUAAAAAAAAAAAACAUAUCAAGCGCGGGGAAAUGAAAGUUUGACCCAGUUUUAUAUCUCGGGUGUUUAGAUAUAAAUUGCUGAAAAUGUGUAAAAGCUGGUUUAUGUAUUGUAAUACAUUCAAAAUAUGGUCAUGUAAAUAAACAAGGUUGAUUCACAUGAUGUGGCCAACAUGUUAUAUUUAUAAAAGAUAAUUCUUGUUAAUUUUCUGGUCUAGUUUUGCAAUAGAUAUGCGUUACUGUGAACCUUUUUCAUGCCCCCGGAAUCUGCUGAUGCGGGAGGCAUAUAGUGAUUGUCCUGUCUGUCUGUUCGUUUGUCCGUCCAUAAGAGGUUAACCAAAUAGGACCAUUUCAUCUAGCAUCAAUACCCCUUACUAGAAUGACUUGAUACUAAUGCAGAUGUAACCUGUGACCAUUCCUCAUCUUCAGACAUCACCUGACCUCAGUUUGACCUUGAACUUGACCUCGUUUUGGACUUAGGUUGCUUUGUAUCGACAAGGAUGCCACCGGGGGCAUCAAGCCAAGCGUUUAAUGAAAGCAGCUUCUUGUUUUUGUUGGCAUAACAUUGUUCUAGCUAUUUUGUUGCUACAUAAAUUUGUGGAUAUAAAAUAAAUAGAAAGUUUAUAAGUUUGUUAUAAAGGAAACAUGAAAUCAAUGAAAAUUCACUGUAUUUAUUAUUGUAAACUCCACAUGGCCUUUUAACAUGUUACAAUUUUAUCUGAUAUAUAUAAAUAUGUUAAUAUACAGUUGAACUUUGUUCGCUUGAACCAACAAAAUUUGUCGGAGUUAUCAAUAGUUUGAGCCACUGAAACAAAUAUACAACUUAGGGAUUUUUGCCGGACCUGAUGAUGAGAUCGAGCAUAAUGUGGUGUUCAAAUUAAAAGAGUUCAAGCAAUUGAAGUGCGACUCUAUAAAUAUAUAUUUGUGAAGAUGCAUUAUAUGUACAUAAAACAGACUCAUUGUUUCUUGUUAUACAGCAAACAUGUCGGGAGUCAAGCAGUUCUUAGAAGCAAUAGAGAAUUUUUGUUUGAGUAAAACCAUUGUAAAAUUUUAUAAAGGAGUUCAGCAAUUUCAGAUAAAUUUUUUCUACAAUUUGAUAUUUUACUGAAUGCUGGAUUUUUCAAAGAAAAUUCAGCCAAUAUUAAAAAAGAUAUGAUUUUCAAAUUAGAAAAUAAAAUACUAUACCUUUAGGACAGCAUGGAUAUAAAACUUCACUAGUGCUCGGUUUUCCAUUCCACGCUGCCCAUGGGGUUUGAAACCCUCCCGCUUAGCUCAAUAGGGAGAGCGUUGAUCUACAGAUCUACUGCCCGCCGUUACAUGUUGAAAAACGGUGUUAAACAACUUAAACCCAAAACAAACAAAGCAAACCCUGUCAUACACAGGCAGUGGUAUAAGAUCCUUACAUUCUUGUCAGUUUUUUGCUGCUUUAGAGAAUUUCGUCCUUAACAGAAUUUGUUUUUGUUUUCUAUUGUUUAUUCCAUUAAUAUUCAUGAGAUAAAUGGGGAACAGUCUUCCCUUGAAAAUAAGGUUUAUGUUGACAGAUGUGAAUAAAGGCUUGUCUGAAAUGACUUUCAGGAAAUCGUUACAACAAGAGGAUUUACUCAAGCUUGAUCAGGAAUUACUUGAUGCAUAUUAAUGUCUACACUGUCUGCUUGGGAAAACAGAUAAAAGACCAAGUUUUUUUCAGUGUAUUUUGAUGAAGAAAAAUUGACUGACACUACAUCAUCUCAGAUAUCCUUAUUCACUUUCCCCGAGUUGGUUGCUUAAAUAGUCUUUCUUGCACUCUCUGUUUAUAAGCUUAUUUAUAGUUUCCACUGGUAACCCAUAUGAGCGACUCCUCCAGAAGACUGUUAGUAAUGUUAGUGGGAGGAUAGUGCAAGAUACAGAAGAUGCUCCAAUUCCAGAAGCUUCCCUGGUUCUUUAGCAUGCCAGGUGUAAAGCACGCAUACACGAGACUCUUAUCCCAGUGUUAGUAACUUUAAGCUGGAGGAGAGGGGGCUCAUGACCCCUGGUUUCCUAGUCAGACAAUGUUACCACUAAACCACUGAGUCUGCCCUUUUCUUAUGAACUCCCUGAUGGUUUAGUAAAAUUUAGUAAUAUAGGUUGUCCUCUUUUAAGUUGAAAAGUUUCAGGCUAAUAUAUACCUACAGCUUUUUUGUAAUCUUACGUAAUUUGGGGCAUAUUUCCUUUACCAAAUUUAUUUGGGAAUUUCAUUUCAGAGAUUUUGGACACUUUUUCAUGUACAUUGUUGGACAAGGUUGAUAUUGAGAAAUAGAUUUGAUAGCACUAAAUGUUGAGUUACAGUUGAAAAUGAAGUGUGCUUAAUAUUCCUUCCUUGAAUAGCAAUGUUAGUAUUACUAUCAUAAACUGUUCCUGCACUGGCAUACUUUUCACAAGCUGUAUGAAAUUCAUGUUGCAACAGAAGUGUGUAAAAAGUGUUAAACAAUUUGAUCAUACUUGUGUACUUUUUCUCAUGCAUAAAUUUAAAAUGCUCAUACUUGAGUGCUUUUUCUCCAGAAAUUUACCAGACCUUGAGGUCACUUGCCAAAAUAUAAUCUACCUGACCUUGAGCUUGUUAGCCAAAAUUGAUCUGCCAGACUUCAAAUUUACCAGAACUUGAGGUCGGUAGCCAAAAUAUAAUCUACAAGACCUUGACUGAAUGAGCUUGUUAGCCAAAAUUGAUCUGCUAGACUUCAAAUUUACCAGACCUUGAGGUCACAAGCCUUAAUAUUAUGUAGUCUUGGCAGGGUAAUGAAACAAGUGACAGUAAACAUGAAGUCUGGAUGCUAUGUAUUUCUAUGUUAAUAGCUGAGAUGGUGACUCAGGACCAUUUAGUCCUCUUGUUUGAAUGAUAGAGUUUCAGGGUAAAUGUUUGUGGUAUUGCUGUAUGUAUAAUUGGCUGUGCAGAAAAACUUCAGUAUCUUUAUUAUUGUGUUUAUAUUUAACAAAUUACUUGUGGCCUUGAAAUACAUAUUGAUACUGAUGGACUGGGCAGUCAGACAAAAAAUGUUAUAUGGAAUGAAGCGGAGCUGAGAUUCAAAUCUCAUUUUUUUGUCUGAACCUUUUAGUUGGAUCACUGAAAUAAAAUCUUGAAAAUUAUGUUUUGCUUUUCUAAUCAGGAAUUCAGUAAUACAGUAAGUUUUUAGGAGAUGAAUCAACAAAUUUUCCUUAGUUUUGUUAGUUAAUUAGUUCAAAUACUGUAGUAUGUCUGUCUUUCAUCUUUUUCAGCUUUUCAUCUGUAAAAGUUAGAAUUUCCUAUAUUGCCUUUGAAUAGUUGUCAUACAGAGUGACAUAACUGGUCUUUUUUCAAGAUACACUGUACUGAUAUUUGAUUUUUGUAUACCAGUAACAUUGUCUUUUCAUUGUUAUUUCAAACAAUGUCCUUGUCAGAAAAGGCUGUCAUUGUUACAUUUUUAGUAUAGACAUACACUAUAUUUGAGCCACGCCAUGAGAAAACCAACAUAGUGGCUUUGCGACCAGUAUGGAUCCAGACCAGCCUGCGCAGUCUGGUCAGGAUCCAUGCUGUUCACUUUCAAAGCCUAUUGCAAUUAGAGAAACCGUUAGCGAACAGCAUGGAUCCUGACCAGACUGCGCGGAUGUGGAGGCUGGUCUGGAUCCAUGCUGGUCGCAAAGCCACUAUGUUGGUUUUCUCAUGGCGCGGCUCAUAUAUAAUGUAAGUUUUGUGUAUGCUUUGUGCAUAUAUAGUUCUACUAAACAUAAAAAACAUAUUUUAUAAUGAUAGAGCCAUAAAAUAUUUUUGAUAAUUUGAUCAACAGAAGGAUUGACAUUUUUUUCUACCAGUAGCUUCAUCAAAAUUGAGUCAUCUUUUUAGUUAAAAGGGUCUUAAUGGACCAGUGUCAUUAAGUUCAACCUAUCAAAUCAGUGGACUUUUCUACUUCUGCAUUUUGUAUAAUUCAGUGAUUUUUCCAUUUAUUAUCAUAUGUAUCUCAAUGUUACUCAAUAUUUUUUUGUUUUUCUAUGUUAUAGAACUGUCAUUUUGUCCAUAAGUCUGUGAUUAUAUCUGAUAUAAACAAUUUUUGUUUGUGCAGAAAUAAAGUCGAAAGUGUCAAAGAAAAC